GCUCCAUACCGUACACGCGGACCCCAAAAGGAACGCUGUCGCGAGGAUCAAAAAUGAACCAUCACCGCAAACAACAGAAGCAACAUUCUUGAGACCAAGACAUGCUAUUUUCUCAGAUCAACAAAGAGCGACAUUGCAUACCCCCAUCGCCAACCAAGCAACAACCAACGGCAGUAUUGACCGCUAUUGCCGAGCCAUGAACGACCAAAAGAAAUCCGCUCAAGAUCAGGCUACCGACGAGGCUACCGAAGAGGCUACUACUAGUACCGACGAGGCCACCGACGCAGCCAAUCUUGACACAGACGAGGGCACAGAGGCGUGUACUUCGCCCAACGAGGUAGACUAUGGAACUGUCACAUCCACUAGAACCAUCACUCAAAGUGCUGGAGUUCCUAUGGACGACGCUAUUUCCACCACACCUACUACUUCUCGUGGUGAUACAAAUACCAGUACCAGCAAUGGUGCCAUGGGGCAACCCGUCCGUGGGCCACAGGAAAUUCCUUUUAAAACGACUGGGUUGAAUCCAUUCAGUCCUGGGAGUUCCACGCCUGUCCCUGCUGCAUUGACUUUGCCUACUGCAAGUUUGAACAGUGGCCCAAGACGAUUUCCCCAAGAAAAUGCAGCAAAUGCCAACAUGGCUAGUAAUAACAUCAAUACAAGCAUUCCCGGAGCGGUCUUGCGGAGGAGUCAACAACAGCAAAAGGACGCCAAGGAGGCCAGUACAUCGAGCGACGCCAGGACCAAGCCUGCACCUACAACAACAGUAAGUCGUGGUCUCAGGAGAUCUGCUGAAGAAAGGGCAGCCAAGGCUGCUGCUCGAGGCAGUGCUGGGAAUUCCACAACUGGGGCCUCUGCCACCGUUCCUCUUGGAGGCAAUCUCAACCCUGAACCCAUCACCAGCAAGAAUGCCACGGUGGUUGCUCCUAUUCAACAUGGAGUAUAUCAUGUGGCUGCAAGUGCUACCUCUAGCGCCACAACUGGUGCUCGUUCUUCUGCGUCAUUGCCUCGUGGGCUUGGCAAGCAAAGAAAAGAAGCUGAUCCAUUACGAGAGUCUACAGAUGUCACAAUAACUAAAUGUGGGGCAAUUGUUCCUCCUCAAAGGAACAAUUCUGCCCAUGACAAUAAUACUACUGGCACACAGGAGAACGAUACUUCUCAAGAAAUUUUCCGUGACCCCAACCAACCAGAAAAUGCAACUUCCAAUCGCCAAGCUUUAAUGGAGGAUUUAGUGGGUGGAAUUGCGCCAAUCCCCACCUCACCUUCAGUGGCACAUCAAGGCAGGAUCAACAACCAGCCAAGCCGACCUGGAGCCUACAUGGGCGAAAACAUGCGGCGUGUAUCCGAACUUGAUUUUGGGCUUGUUGGAACUGAUGCCGCAGCGACAACCAACAUUCUGCGGAAAAUGAUCCUGAGGUUGUUCUUCCACCAACCCCCGAUACUCUCCAAAUUCAAAAUGCCACCAGUGACCAAGGACUGGUUGAAGCUAGGGCCAUUACUGAAUCCAGCAUGUUCAUAUGAAGCCAAGCAAGUUGAUGAUGAAGUAUUGGAACAUCAAUGUGACAGAGAGAAAAAGGAGAGACAUUGCCGAAGAGUAGGCUAUGCUAUCAUUUUUUGCGCAACUUUUAUCAUUGCCGUCAGUCUAGGAGUUGGACUGAGACCAAAGCCCGAAGUGACCAUACAUGCUACACCAACUGCACCAACAGCAGCACCAACUUUGGGCCCAACCUCACUGGAAUCGUUCCUUUUGUCCUUGCUCCCAGACCACACAAUCAAGGCAAUGGAAGACAGGAAUUCGGCACAAUACAAAGCCUUUGAUUGGCUUCUGAAGGAUCCAUCUGUCUACGAAUACCCAGAGUGGAGGAUUGUCCAGAGGCAUGCUGUAAUGACCGUAUUCUAUGCCACUGCCGGUCCCACACAGUGGUUCAACAACACAGGGUGGGGAAACCACAAUCUACAUGAAUGUGUAUGGUUUCAAAAACAAGAAUUUGCCAUGAAGACAACUCUACAAGAGAUAUACCCUGGCUUCCUAUCAGGCUUCUUGGAGCCUCUACCUGACAGCCAAUGUGACAAGCAAGGGCGCUAUCUUCAUUUGUGGCUGGAUCAGAACGACCUUGAGGGUCCUCUGCCGGAGGAACUUUAUAGUUUAACUUCCCUCCAAGCGCUCUCUUUUGGUCUGAAUUCUCUUCGCAACACGAUUUCCAGCCAUAUUGGGAAGCUAAGCCAGUUACAGGGGCUUGCCGUUUUCUCCGCUGGGCUGUCGGGGUCUCUACCAAAGGAAAUGGGUGAUUUAUCACUUUUGGAAAUCAUUGCUCUAUACGAUAACAACUUGGAAGGAUUUCUCCCUCAUGAAAUCUGGCAACUUGGCAAUCUUGAUAGUCUUGCGCUUGGCCGAAAUGAGAGGUUGUGAGGCACAAUCCCCUCAAUCAUUGGCACUUUACCAAAGCUGAGGUGGAUAGUUAUGGACGAUUGUGAUUUCUCUGGGACAAUGCCCACAGAAGUUGGCCAAGCCAAAUCCUUGGAGUGGUUGGUUUUUGUGAAAAACAACCUUUCCGGAAAGAUCCCAAGCGAGCUCGGAUCCCUUUCAAAACUUGGGAUCUUGUCGCUAGGAGGCAAUCAACUGCAAGGGACUCUGCCCACUGAGCUUGGCCUGCUAGCAUCAUCUUUCAUUGUGGAUUUCAGAUGGGGUGCACUUACCGGUACGAUUCCAACUGAGCUGGGCCUGCUGUCACUGUGUUCUCUGGGACUGGAGUCAAACCAACUUUCCGGUACAAUUCCCAGUGAGCUCUCUAACCUGUCGAACUUGGAAACUCUUGGCCUCGGAGAAAAUGACUUGACCGGUGGAAUCCCUUCGGAGUUUGGAUUCUUGACAUCCCUUGGCUGGCUUUCUGUUGCAAACAAUUUUCUUAGCGGAACUAUGCCACAGGAGUUGGCUUCCCUUCAGCCGUCCCUCUAUACUCUCCAAGUUGAGGGAAACCCUUUGCUCUCUGGUGUGAUACCAGAAUCACUCUGUAUUGUGGAUGGUGUGUGCGUAUCCAUCAGCUUCUUUGAAGAUUGUGUGGGAGCCCUUGGAACAUCUUUUGACUGCACAGAUUUGCUUUGUGGCUGUGACUGUCCUUGUUAGUAACGAUCGAGCCAGAAUAUUCUAGCUAGAGGGUUGUUGAGAAAAGCAGUUGCAUCACCUGCCGUGCUGACUCGACUCAUUUAUCUUCCAUAGUUAGUCG